UCCCAGGUGCCCCUCCAGAGCUCCAUUCUAGUCAGCAGUCAGUGACUCUGGAUAUGACAAGAGGUAAUAUCCACAGGACACCUGAUAUGAUGCCCUUCUGGCCUCCUCCAGAUAUGGCUGCUUCCUUCUUGAGACUGAGGAAGAUGGUGGACCCCGGGAGCAGGAGAAAAUGGCCAUCUCCUCCAUUCUGGGCACCUGGCUGGACCACUACCCUGAGGACUUUUUCCAGCCCCCAGAUUUCAUCAGCCUGCAGAUGCUGCGGGCAUAUAUAGGGGUCCACAUGCCAGGCUCCGAGCUGCAGCGCCGUGACCGCCUUCUCUACUCAUCACGGAGAAACCAUGAGCCCAAUGAGCCAGAAUCUCUGGCUAUGGCACCAGCUCCAGAGCAAGAUCCAGACGUCCCUCAGGAGCUAGCCCCCGCUAUCUCUGUGGUGCCCACUGCAGCUUCGCAGCCCAGGCUGCCUGCAGCCACCACUCAUCCUGGAGCUCAGCAAUUAGAAGAAUUGGUGACCCUCCCUGCAGAGUCACCAAGAGUGCAGGUGGUAGUCCCAGCUCUGAUUCACUGUCAGGAGCUGGAAGAGACACCUGCCCCUUUGGUGGACCCAACCCAGACCCUGAGCAGCCUCCAGCCCCAGCUGGCGGGGUCACGGAAGGGCUGGAGCAACCACCUGCUGCAGCUGAGCAACCAGCCUCGGCUCCCGAGGAGUGGCGCAUGUUGGCUGCAGCCCCAAAGGAUGCCCUGAUCCUGUCAUUGCGUUCUUUGUAAUUUUUGUGGUUUGUAUAGAGAUAUUUACUGUCCUUACGUAUUGUUUUGUAAAUAAAACAUAAAUUAACUUCAAAAGAAGUUACUCUGGUCCUUU